AUGCCCGCCACACAGCAGGCGUGCAAAACAGCUGCGUGGACGGAAGAAGAGGAGACAGAGGGUGCAGCUGUUCCCAGGCCGCCUGAUUUCCUCGGGGCGCUCCCGAGAGAGGCAGCGUCAGCAGCUGGCACUCACCUGAGCUCGUCAGUCACCUGGCAGCACGCCUCAGGAUUCCCGAGAAAGGCUGACCCGCGGACCCAGGCCGAGGUGGGGGAACUCAGGCUGGCGAAGGGCCUGGUGGUCACCAACAGCAGAGCCAUGACAGAGCCACCUGCGAGCCGGAGACCACCUGCCAGGCGGACGGAGGCGGCCCCGGGCGAGAGCCGGCCGACCGUCUGCUGCUGGAAGGACGCUCCGCUGCUGGAGCGCGGGCCCCGUGCCUAG